UAUCCAUGUAAAGUGGAACUGUCCAAUUGUCGAACUGUCUAUGAGCAGCACGACGGAGGAGUCUCAACGUAAUGGGUGGUGGCCUUGCGGCGCUAUCUAUUGUAUACGCCAAUCCAGAGAAACGCGCCAGAGGAACGGAGCUCGCCGAAACGCAAUCAGAGCUAUUGGCGGAGUGGAGCACGCACUCGAAGGCCGCACCAAUGCACGAGAAAAUAGUGGAGGAGACACGAAAAGAAAAGACUGAGAAGGUACAUCUUCUUGGCAACGCUAAGGAGAAGCCGUCAAAGGAGAAGCCCCCCAAGCAGUCAAGACUAGCUGAACGAUUGCGUCGCUCAUUUCGGCGCAGUGUGCACAGCUCUCUGGAGGUCAAAUCUACGUCGGACGAUUGCCCAACGAAGAGCUCCGGCUCGGCGCCGCUGCCCAAGCUAGACAACAACAAUCUAGCGGGACGUAUACCCUUUUCGGUCGCCAGUCAACUGCACCUGCCCGGCCUGGCACUAGGAGGGCACAUCAACGCGGCCCUCCUGCUGGACAGCCCCGACGAGUGCACGCCGCCGGAGUACGCCUACCAGCACCUGAGCAGCGUAGCUACUACCAAUACGAACUCCAGCAGCUCGCUGGAGAGCAACUUUGAGCUGAGCGAACUGCGCGGCUCCCAGGCUGAGGGACUCCACUGGGCCAGCAGCCAGCUGAACCUUGAAAUGGGCAGCGAGAUGAGCAGCGCCAUCAAGAAUGAGGCGCCGGAGCAGAGGGAGGGUAAGCGACGAGUGGAACAGCUGGCAACUGGCAGCAGCAGCCGGAUGGGCGAUCAGCCGUCGGCUGUUCCGGCCAAUGCCAGCCGCAGCUGCAGCAUCACCAGUGAGAGCAGCUCCGUCCGGAUGACGCGCCUGCAGAACUUUCUCUUCAGGAGCAGCAAUGAGAGCUCUCGCAGCUGUCAGGGCCAUUCGAAUGAUGGCUUCACCGCUUCCUCGUUCAACUCGUCGUCCGGCGAGUGGGAGCAGCUGGGCGCCCAUGUGAUAUCCAGCAGCAGCGGCGUUGGUGGCCUGCACGACCUGAACACGGGUUCCUUUCCCGAGGAGGACAUGCCGGAUGAGGCCGACGUGGACCCCACAUUGCCAAUUGAGAGCGGCGAUGCUGGCGCCUACUAUCAGUAUACGUUGACCUCUCCGAACAAUCCCUUUCUGCCGGAAAUUACAGCACGGACGUACCACAGCACCUACGAGGACGACGACUUGCAGGAGGGCCAGCUGCAGCCCGAGGAGCUGCAGCUAGAUUGCAAUGUGACAUCUGUGAAAUAUACGGGCUGGGGCACUGGCACGCGAUCCGCGCAGCUGCCGACGCCUGCUUACAGUCGCGCCGGCUCCCAGGAGUCGACGUUCAGUGAAAGCGGUGUUAGCUGCCCACAGGGACCAACGCCCAGCCCAGCGUCGAGCUCCUCCUCGACGCCGGGUCGGCAUAGACGCAAGCUCUUCAGCCUGAACUCGCCCACGCGUCUGUUGCACCAUCAGCAGAGCAGCCCAACGGCAACCCAACAACCACAACAGCAACAACAACAGCAGCAACAACAUAAUCCGGGUCAGAAAAUCGAAAUGUCCGCCUCGCCAACCGAGAACCUCAACGCGAGCGCCUUGGUGCGCAACCUGAAUCCCUUUCUGCCCGCCACAUCAGCGCCAAUCGCAGUGCCGGCGGACCUGAGGAGCAAGCGCGAGGAGUUUUUACGUGCAACAAUGAAAAUCUGUCUGGUCGUGUCGCCGCCGACAAGCAAACUGCAGCUGAAAUCAAAAAGUCUCACCCACUUAGAUGGCCUCGACACGCCGGUGCCAGGCUGCCAGCACGGUGCUGCCGCACCCACGUCUACCGCCGAGACCUCCACGACCCCGGCCAUGUCAGCGCCAGCGGACACGCCUGGCCGGCAGACGCAAUCGGGGGAGCUACGACAAGCCCCCAAGGUCUCCAAGCCGCAACAACCACACACCACGCCCACAACUGUUCCACCGCCCACGAUUUAUACGCAAACACCACAAUAUGUGCGCCGAUCGCCGUCCCUGAUGCUCUCGCCGAGCAGCCCGAGUCAGGCCGGCAUCGGAUCAGGUGUUCGCUGCAGCGCCAGCUCCGCCCAACACCCGGCGUGCAGCAGUGCAACCGGAACAACCUAUUUAACACCCACGUCUAAGACCUUGCAGAGCCAUUCCAGCGAUGGCUUGCAAACGUCGGCAAUUGGUUCAGGUGCUUCGAUACCAUAUAGUCACUAUGGUGGCUCCAAGAGCGUUGCCCCAACGAUCAUGAGUUCGUCGUUAAUGCAUCGCAAGAAACCGUUAUUAACACGCAGCGAGGUUUCAAGCUCGGAAUAUUUUUCGGUAUCCUUUUGCCUGGACGCAUCGCCAUGUCCUGACGAGGAGUUCAUACCGGCGACCAAAGGCACAACAUUACAAAAUGCGCUGAGGCACAUGCUGCACAGGCGAAAUCUUAGCUUUUCGCAGAUUAAAAUUACAGACAAUAUUCCCACUUAUAGCUAUCCAGAUACAGGUCCAUCGAACAUGACAACCCUCCUAGACGAGCAUACCGAUGUUGAGAACUUGGCUGGACAUCAUCUGGUUAUUACGGAACGCGACAGCAGUCGGAAGUCUUUGCAGAAGGCAGCAUCCUUCGGCUCUCGACAGCGACCUCCACGCCUCCUGUCCUCCGCCUCAACAGAGGAGACUAGUGAAUCAGGCAAUGCGCCUAGCAAGCAAAUACUCGGUCGUUGGUCCUCCAUAUUCGGCCUAAAGAACCCGCAGCAGAAUCAGCUCUACGAUCUGCUCAACAAUUAUGCCAAGAACGGCGUGCCCCAGCGCCCAGAUGCCUUCAACUCCGAGAAUCCCGCGAUCUCUGAAGCCCUGAACUAUCUGCAAAACAUGGACAAGUCGUGGCGCGACUUCGUCGAUAGCAAUGCAAUGAGUGAUAGCGAGAUUAGGAUACAAACGGCCAUAUGGGAGCUGGUCACCACAGAGGUCUACUACAUUCACGCCCUGCAAACGGUUACGCACCUCUUUCUUGCCUGUCUGGAGGCCGUGCAGGAGGAACGCCUGCUGACUGAUGUCGAUCAGCACAGACUGUUCUCAAACGUACGAUCCGUGUGCGAGGCAAAUAUUAAGUUUUGGACUCAAUAUCUAUAUCCGAUGGUCGCACACAGCAUAAGGACACGCGAGCCCCUGAGAUAUGCCUUUUUCCAAGAGGGCUUCAUAGCAUUCGCUUCGAUUUUCGCGCCCUACAAGGUUUACUGUGCGGAGCAGAGCACCUGCCAGUUUUAUUGCAAGGAGCUUAAUCAAAACAACGCCCUGUUCACUGUCUACUUGGCCUGGUGUGAGUCGCAGAAGAUGUGCAACCGCUUGCGGUUGGCCGACAUCGUUGUCCGUCCCAUGCAGCGGCUGACCAAGUACAGCCUUCUGCUGGCGGCCAUCAAGAAGCACAUGACUGAUGUGGAGGACAUCGAAGUGAUGGACAUGAUGAUACACAGCGUGGAGAACUUCGUUGGCAGCGUCAACAACCACUUGACGAUGCGGCAGGAGAGCGAGCGCCUCAAGGGUGUUAUGGCACGCAUCGAAUCCUAUGAUGUGGUGGACACCAACAACGAGGUGUUGGACAAGCUCAUCAAGCAGCACAGCCAGAUGUUCGAUCUGUGCGCUCCCAUGCGCGGCUGUCCCGCCAACCAGGUGCGCCACCUGUUCAUGGAGGGCGACCACAAAUUCAAAGACAAUGUCGGCAAAAGCGACGUGCAUUGCUUUCUGCUGACUGACAUACUGCUCGUGUGCAAGGGCAUCGCCAAGAAGGGCUUGGGUGCGCUCAAGGUCAUUCGCCAGCCAUAUCUGACCGAUCAUCUGAUCGUGCAUCUGGGGCAGAACAACACGCUCAACUGCGUCUAUCUCAACGAGUUCCAGGUGGCCACCACGGGCUUUACGCUGCAGUGCAUUGAGGCCAAGAACUGGUACGACGCGCUGUGGCGCGCCAAGACCAUUUACCAAAGACUGAAGAAGGGCAAUGGGGGCGACAGCAUACGCUACGGCAGCAGCGGCGCUGGCGGUGCCACUGGCGAUUCCCUCGGUGUGCGCAAGUCGCCCAUCAACUCCUCGAUCGGCAGCCAUGUGUCGAGUGCGAACAACAGCCACAGCGGCAGCGUUGAGUGGAACGAUUCCCGGAAUAUAUCCGUUGACUUUGAAAAGACUAACUCGCUCUCCAGCGACGAGGGCUCCAGCCUGCUGGGUAACCAGGGCCUGGCACCGAAGGGCAAGCAGCACUUGCUUAGGGGCGUGCCAAAGCCAAAGAUUGGCACAAUCGCAUCGACAUCGGCGAAUACCCUGUCCGUACAGCCGUUAAACCAUCUGGGCCAGAGUUUGCCCAACCUGAACUUGCAACAUAACCAAACUAACAAUACAUUGCUUGUGCCGGGCACAACGACUAGUCACUCGGGUAACUUAUUGUUGUCGCCCAGUCAUCGCGGCAUUUCCUAUCCACCGCCGAGUCCAACUAGAGUGCCGCUGAAACGGGGCAUGGCAUUCUCCACGUCCACGAAGAACCCACCACUGCUGAAGACCCGCAACAUCACAUCGCAGAACAGUAUUAAUUGGCAUCAGAUACCAGCCACGCCCACGCCGCCCAGCCCGCGAUCGCAGCAACAUUCGCCCAGCACCACCAACGCCUGCAAUGUUGAUCCCAGGCUCCUGCAGAAACAGAUAUCGCACCAGCUGCCCCUGCAAACGACCAAUCAAAGCAACUUGGACCUCCAGCGGAAUUUAAGCAAUGAAACGGACGUCUAAUGCAGACAACUGGCCAACAGCCAACUGAUUGAGAGAUUAGCUUAGCUUUAGAUCAUGGAAAUCAGCAAGAGAAGCAGUACUCUGUACUCCGUACUCCGUACUCAUCGGCGAUUCCUUGAAUAGAGUCGGUCAAUGUACAUAAUCGCUAAUACUGCACCUUUGGGUCCAAAUACGAUACAAAUAUAAUCAACAUUCCAUCUAAGUGCUAUGCUACCAUUCCCAUUGUCUAUCCAUAUUUAAGUCGGCAUAUGCAUACACUAUAAUCAUAUUAAACAGUUAUACGAUUACAUUCUUCCAUGGAAAAGAAAUAAUUAUGAAAUGCUAGUAAAAAUAUCUUUAAUCAAUAAAUACACAAAUAUGUAUGUAAGCAU